CUUUCUUAAGUCAUGGCCCAACAAGGGUCUGGGAAACCUUUUCGUCCCAUUGCCCCAAGAAGGAUACCAGAGCCUCCAACCCCGGCUGCUGCGCCCGAGGAGGGGAAAAUAAAGCGCGCUUCUACGGCUUGCGGGGAAUGUAAACGACGUCGAACGAAGUUCUUCUAUCUUCUCACUCUUUCUGCUCUGACUUGGCUGGCCGUAUCACAGUGUAGUGCAGAUACAACAGGGACGCCGUGCGCUGAAUGUGCUCUUCACGACCGGGAGUGCGUGAUCGAUGAAUUCGCCGACAAGCGACGUAAAGUCGCGGCCAAGCGUGCCCAGGAGGAUUUGAAAUAUUACCGUGGCUUUGUGGAACAACUCCUUGAGGCGCUAAGAUCUGGUGAUCGUUCCACCAUCGACGGCAUUCUCGACGUCAUCCGAUCGGGCGCAACUCAUGAUGAAAUCCGGGCCGUUAUUGCUCGCUCCGCACCGAAAGAUGAGAUAAAUAUUCCUGACGGGGUGGAUUCCGUGGCGACAGACGGCAACAACAGCACGCCGACGAGCUCCAGGCCGGAUGGUUUACCCAAUGACGAGAAAUAAAACGAACCUAUCACCAGCGACGAUAUAUAUCAAAUUGAUGACCAACUUACCUUUCCUAUCUACGACUCCGACAUGAGCACGCGACGACAGUACCGGUUCACGUUUUACCAUAUUAUUCGACGAGAAUAUAAGAAGCUACGUUUGAG